UCUCAGCUGCUCUGUGCUCGAAACCACUGUAGGUGCCAUGCAACGCUUCGCCCAGCACACAUCGCUGAAAACACUACAUGGACCCUGGCAGUGCGUACUGGGCGGCUUGCCAUCCAUCGCGGUGGGCUCUGUACGGACAAAGAAAUGGAAACCUUUCCACUCCAUGUACAGAGCAAACCGCUUGCGGGAAAUUAGACAGAAAGAGGCCGAGGACGCGCAGGCUGCAGCUGCUGAAGCCGAAGCAGCUGCAGAUGCACGAACUGUAGCCCGAAAAGCAGAUGAACCGCGGGUUGGCACCACCCCAUUUCAGGCAGCACGCCUGAUGCGGGCCUUUGACGUGUUGCCCGAGGAGGAUGCGGUGGUGACGUUCCAAACCAGGCUGAAUGUGGACUUGACCCGGGAAAGUGUGAGAGGCACUUGCAAUUUGCCUCAUGGACUGAGCACCAAAAUGCGAGUUUUGGCAUUUUGUCCUGACGAUCAGAUAGAGGAGAUGCUGGAAGCCGGAGCAGAUGUUGCAGGAAUCACGGAGCCUUUGCGACGAAUCGGCCAAGGUUGGAUGGGCUUUGACAGAUGCCUGGCCACUCCCAGCAUCAUGCCUCAAGUGAUGAAAGUGGCGAAGGUCCUUGGCCCGAGGAAAAUGAUGCCAAAUCCCAAGAGUGGCACCGUUGUGCCCAAUCUGAAAGUUGCCAUCAAAGAGGCCAAAAGUGGAAGCUUAUUGGAGUAUCGUGCUGAAGGAGAAGGGGAUUUGAAGGCCACAAUCGGAAAUGGAGAAUUCUCAGAUGCCAAGAUCCUGGAGAAUCUGAAGUUCUUCGUUCAGACCUUGUUGAGAGCAAGGCCGCGCUCCAGCACACCAGGUGCCGAGACUGGAACAAGCAAACAACCUCCUGGCACACCUCUCAUAGGAGGGCAAGGAGCUUCUGCUGGUGGUGCCGAAGUGAAGGAGAACUACUUUCGAGAAGCUCACGUGAGAUUGGGAACCAGAGGUCCCCCCAUACGUAUUGAUCCCGAGUCAAUGAUGCCGGCUUCAGCAGGUUACUUUAGAUGAUGGUGGCGUAAAACGCAGAUGUGAAUCCCGCUCCAGCAGCACGGAGAUUGAGAUCACUCCAGGAAGCCAAGAAGCCUUCUGUGCCCUCAGAAAGCGAUGUACAUAGGAACGCUAAAGACUUUGCACCGAAAAACAUCGGCCUGCGAAAA